GCAGUGUGAGUAAUAAACUGUCCCUCGCUGUAAACACAACUUAUUUCCGGGUUCGUGGUGUAUGCAAGCAAAAAAUGAGCAGGAUUUAUGACGAUCAACCUCUAACAAAUCUGCCUCUUAUCAAUAUUGAGUAUUCGGGAAAAUGGAAUGCAAAUGACUUUAUGCAAGGCAAUGGUGUAAUAUUUGAAGGGGUUGUCCAAAAAAGGGCCCACUUUGCCAUAAAUGAUCAGCAACAUAAGAAGGAGCAAUACUACAUCUUGUAUGUGAAGAUUUCACGUGCUCAUAGACGCAAGUUCGAUGCGAGUGGCGAAGAAAUUGAACCCAACUUUAGCGAGACUAAGAAAGUCAACACUGGUUACUUGAAUUCAUCAUACAAAGUUCAAAGCAAGGGAGAAACAGACCGGCUUGGUACGGACGAGGCCCGGAAAUUGAUAAGCCCCGCCAAUUUGACCCAGUUUUCGGACAGACACGGCGGUUCGGACCUCGCGGCGCUCUGGCUGACAGAGACACAGGCGACGGGAACGGAGUUCGAGUUAGGGGACACACUGCGGGUGAAGACGCAGGGAGAUGGACCCUUCGUUUUUAGCAUUACAAAACUGGAUGCGGUGUCGACGACAGUGGGUAAUUAUGCCGGCGGAGAAUCCGUCGGCGCCUCUUGGACCGACAAAAUCAUGGACAUAAAAAGUCACGCUGCUGCGUCGGAAAACCAGGGUGCCGACGACAACGAAUGGGACGACUGAGUACCGGAAGGCAUGUUUCGUCUGUUACGUCACGUUCAACCAUGGAAUGACUGCCUUACGAAUCUGGAGGACUUAUUCGCGACCACACUGUCUGGCAACCCUAUUAAACAUUUGAUUUAUUAAAUGAACAAAGUUUGGAAUGGUGAUCAAUAAGCGUUUAUUUGUGUUUUUCAAAUAUAUUCAUUGCAUUGUAAGAUUUUAAUUAAUUAUUAUCUUUACUAUGCUUUAUUGAAGGCUCUACAUUAAGAUAAGUGGUAAAAGGUGUAUUUUGUAUACUAGAAAUUAGCAUAUUUAUGAUGAAUCUUUGUUCUUUGCAUACUUUAAAAAAAACAGCCCCAUUUAAUGUGUACAUGUUUAUAUUAGAUUAAUGCAAUAUUGCCUAGUGGUUCAUGAAAUUGUAUUCAAGAUGAUUAUGCUAUGUAAAGUAAAUAUAUAAUGAUAAAAUGAGCAACACAUUUAUGAUUAUAGCACAAUAUAUAUGAUGUCACGGUAUAACAAACUUAAUAAAUGUAUUGUAAUGUUCAUGUAUGCAAAUUGUAAAUAAAAUUAUAAGCAUCUAGAAAAUAUGUGUGUGGAUAAAUUUUGCUGAUUG